GGUCGAACUAGCUAUAUAUUGUCCGUUUGGACUUUGGACGAAAGCGAUUUGCCGAAAAUCUCCCUGUUUCUUGAACAAAUCAAUAUCGAACGUAAUUCCAUUAAGGGCAUUUCUAGUAAUUUCAUCAUAGGCCUUGGCCAGAAGCCAGAACUCGAUUUCGUUAACGUACUUUCCACCUACCUUACAUAAACAGGCAACUGUCCUAAUUCAGCAACUGGUUGCCGUGAAUUGUGAUUUUGAGUUGGUUGCUUCCUUCUACUGUAGAGCAAACGAGAUUUUUGUCUUUUCAAAAUUGAAUCUGGGCAAAUUUCUCGUGUUUGUGUGGUUUCUGAGAUUGUUUUGAAGUAAUGAUCGUAUCUGCUCUUUUAACUUCAGUGGGGAUCAAUCUUGGCCUUUGUAUUCUAUUUUUCACACUAUAUUCUAUACUGAGGAAGCAACCAGGUAAUGUUAAUGUUUAUGCACCUCGUUUGGUAGCUGAAGGAAAAUUUCAGCACAACAGUCAUUUCCACUUAGAGAGGUUGUUGCCUUCUCCUGGUUGGGUACGAAGGGCAUGGAUGCCUUCCGAAGAGGAACUCUUGUCAAGUUCAGGCUUGGAUGCUGUGGUCUUAAUGCGUAUUUUUGUAUUCAGUUUAAGAGUAUUUUCCUUCGCUGGGAUCGUUGGAAUAUUCAUUCUUCUUCCGGUGAACUAUGUGGGGAAUCAACUAGAUUUUUCUGAUUUGCCAAAUAAAUCUUUGGACAUAUUCAGCAUUUCAAAUGUAAAUAAUGGCUCCAAAAGGUUAUGGAUUCACUUCUGCUCUGCAUAUGUUUUCACUGGAGUUGUCUGCUAUCUUCUUUAUUAUGAAUAUAAGUAUAUUUCAAUGAAGAGACUUGCUUACUUUUAUUCAUCAAAACCUCAACCACAUCAGUUCACCAUUUUGGUCCGUGGUAUCCCCAGAUCUGCUGGGAACAGCUUCAGUGGAAUUGUUGAGAGUUUUUUUAUGGAAUAUCAUCCUGCCACAUAUCUAUCACAUUUGGUGGUCCGGCGAACAAACAAAGUUCAAGGUCUAAUUAAAGAUGCAAAAUUGUUAUAUAACAGGCUUAUCCACAUGAAAUCAAAAAAUUCUACUCAACAAAAGUUUAUGCGUGAUGGAUUCUUGGGAUUGUUUGGACGUAAAGUCGAUCCUGUUGAUCACUAUGAAAAGAAGUUAGAAGAUCUGGAGGAAAAUGUGAGAAUAGAGCAAUUGGGUCUUUCAGUGUCAGGAGAGGAAGUUCCAGCUGCUUUUGUGUCCUUCAAGUCCCGGUAUGGUGCUGCAAUUGCUUUCCACAUCCAACAAUCAACAAAUCCCACAAAGUGGGUCACAGAGCCAGCUCCUGAGCCUAAUGAUGUUUACUGGCAUUUCUUUUCUACAUCAUUUAUAAAAAGAUGGAUAUCAAAGCUGGUCGUUAUUGUUGCAUGUAUUCUCCUUACAAUUCUGUUCCUUAUUCCAGUUGUGUUUGUACAAGGUCUUACUCAUCUGGAUCAGUUGGAGACCUUUAUGCCUUUCCUGAAAGGAAUAUUGACCAUAGCAUUUGUCAGUCAAGUAAUUACUGGAUAUCUUCCAAGCCUCAUUCUUCAGUUGUUUCUAAAAAUUGUGUCUCCCAUCAUGAAGAUCUUUUCCUCCAUGCAAGGAUAUAUCUCCCAUAGUCAGAUUGAAAUAAGUGCUUGUAAGAAAGUACUCUGGUUCACCAUAUGGAACAUUUUCUUUGCAAAUGUACUAUCCGGAUCAGCUCUAUAUCAAAUUAAUAUUUUCCUUGAGCCCAAGAAUAUUCCAGGGAAGUUAGCUAUAGCUGUUCCAUCUCAGGCAUCAUUCUUCAUUGCCUAUGUUGUCACAUCUGGGUGGACCAGUCUAUCAUCAGAACUCUUUCGUGUGAUCCCUCUCAUCUGGGAUUUUAUAAGAAGACAUUGUUCAGGAAGUUAUGCAGAUGAGUUUGAAGUUCCCUCUAUUCCUUACCACAGAGAAAUUCCUAGAAUUCUCUUCUUUGGGCUCCUUGGCAUUACAUAUUUCCUUCUGGCUCCAUUAAUUCUGCCUUUCCUGUUAGUUUAUUAUUGUCUCGGGUAUAUUAUCUACCGUAAUCAGCUAUUAAAUGUAUAUGCCCCCAAGUUUGAAACUGGUGGAAAGUUUUGGCCUAUAGUGCACAACUCAACAAUAUUUUCUUUGAUACUGAUGCAAGCUAUUGCAAUUGGAAUAUUUGGUUUGAAGAAACUUCCUUUAGCAUCAAGCUUAACCAUUCCUCUUCUAGUUCUAACAUUACUGUUCAAUGAGUAUUGUCGGAAACGUUUCCUACCCGUUUUCAUUGCUUAUUCUGCAGAGAGUCUAAUAAAGAAAGACAAAGAAGACAAGAAUGAUCCUUCAAUGGAUGAAUUUCUCGAUAAACUGGUUACUGCUUAUCGGGACCCAGCUAUGAUGCCAAUCCAGUACUCUACAAACAGUGAUGGCCAUACUUCUCCCCUUCUAACACCUGCUGAAGUUUGAAGUUGGAGAUAGGAUUUGCCUUCUUUUGAUCUGUAACAAUUAUUUUCUAGUGUCACUACUAGGGAAGAUGGAGGAUAGGAUCAGGAUGAUCUACCUAACAUGCAUUCUAGCAUGUUUUUAGUAUACCUCGCUGCUUCCGUUGUUGUUGUGGGAUUUUAACAAAGCAUUUUUCCAUUGUAUUAUUAAUUUAUUAUUGCAUAGAACAACCCCUAUAAUUUCUAAGCUCCCUUUACUAAUGUAGUCAAGGAAUACAUAAGGAAACAUUCAUUAUCA